AGACAGCUGAUAAUUGUGCAUAACUGAAGUAUUCAGGCAUGAUGUGUGAAGACGAACUAGUCUUUGUGUCCCAAGCUUGAGCUUGCUGAAGCCUGACGAAGAACGCUCUUUUCGCGGAAAUGGGCAGUUUCGUGAGGCUCAUUCGCCGAAUUUUCGUGGCGUGGGUUGCGUUGGUUGUCGCGGGUUGCGCUGGGCGUCCGGGCUGUUAUCCGGAAUUCUCCGCUUCGCAUUCGGGUUGCCUGACGGGUUCGCGUUGCCCGCGGCGGCUGUACUGGGGCGUGAGUGCCGCCGAAAAGCAGUUCAUCGUCGACGAGCACAAUGCCAUCAGGGCCGACGCUGGUGCUGCCAAUAUGAUCAAACUGCAAUGGGACGAUGAGCUUGCCUUCGUUGCACAGAAAUGGGCUGAUCAGUGCCAGGAUAUGACUGAUUGCUCUGACUGUCGUAGAGUUGCUAGGUUCCAAGUAGGACAAAACUAUUACAACUACCAACGUUGGCCUGAUACUGGACUGAAGCGAUCCAACUGGACUCGUCCACUCAGCACAUGGUCGAAACAGAAGCAAAGUCUUGGACAAUACGCCAUUCAAAACUUCUACUUUUAUGAAAGCUUUUCUGGCUACUCUCAAAUUGUCUGGGCAACAACGUCGUUCGUCGGCUGUGGAAUGGUGAAAUCAGCUUUUGGGCAAGACUCUGCCAAGUCAACUUACGUUUGCAACUACGGACCAGCGGGCAACGUACAGGGUCAGUCGGUGUUCAUUCCCGGGCCAGCAUGUUCCCGCUGUCCAGCAGGCUACACUGCCUGUGUUGGUGGCCUUUGUCAAGGUGAUGGCCAAGGACUUCCACAGCAACCCCCACCAGCAGCCACACGUACGUCUCGUUUGGUGUUCCCAGCAAUCCCGGGAACGCGGAAAUUUAUCCCGCAAAUCGUGAGGCCUUGCCAAAAGAAAUGCUUAGCCAAUUCCGACGCUCAUCGAUGCGACAGGGCGACGAUAGUCUCAGUCACCAACUGCCCGCGCAAUUUCAUUUGUUGCUACAUCUUGGAGCCGCCUGUUAUCAUUCCAACACCAGUGGCGCCUGUUUUUCCACAAACCUCAUCCGUAGCAGCCAUAAGGAGAUGCGAAAUGACAUGUGUUCGAGUAGAGCUCAGCAGCUUCUGCGCUCCAGAGACCUUAGACCUCGGUUUGACCUCUUGUCAAGUCGGAGAAGUUUGCUGCCAGCCUAAAAUCGCAAACGUUGACCCUCCUCCUCUUCUAUUACCUACAACAACAAAAACAACAUCACCACCACCUCCCGUAGCGCCUACGACUGAAAAACCUUCUCAGAACUGCACCGGCGACCUCGUAUGCGUUCCAGACCAACUGAGCGACUCGGUGUGCAAUUCCUUCAACUCCGGAGACAUUGACAUCAGGUCAUCGUUGCCGACCUGCGGCAUCGGGUCAACGUGCUGCGCCCCGAAGAAACUCGCACCUUGCCCACCUGAGAACGCUUGUCUGCCAGAGCGCUACAGAACCCUAUGCGAUCCGGGCUCCAUUCUGGAGAACACCACGGGUUGCACUUCGGAAACUGGUCGCGUGUGUUGCGGGCUGCAAUCCUCGAGAGACCGGAAACCCGUGCAACCCUCGUGCGAUGAGCUUUGUUUGAAGGAUCUCGACGCAGUCGCUUGUAAAGCCCAGCCGUCGGCUUUGAUCCCUGGGAAAGUUUGUGAGGAUCCGGGAGCUGUGUGUUGCAAACUCGAUGCCCUGACGAGCGGUGCAUCGAUAACGAAUUUGCGGGAAUUGAAAAGGCUGCCUUGCGAGGGGAAUGGUCAUUGCAUGGCGGCAUAUUUGAAAUCUGAAUGCGAGCAGACGGAAAGCGGUCAGCGAUUUUCGGAUCUUUUCUCUUGUUCCGACAACAGACUCAAGUGUUGUGUGAAACACGAUGUCGAAACGCGGUCGUUGUACAACUCAGAUUCAUCAGACAAAUUCACGUCCCCGAUGACAAAAACCCCGUGUGGGAGAUCCUCAAAUGCCAAAUUUCCGUGGUGCUGGUUUGUCGAAAUCGUGAAUUCGGACAGUCAAGUUCUUUGCCAUGGGGCUAUAGUCGAAAAGAUGUUCGUGACAACGGCUGCUUCUUGCUUGAAAUCCGAAACCAAAAAUUUGUUUGUUAGGGCUCCCGGUGAUUCGCAGAAAAAACAUCGCGUUGCUGAAUGCAUUCCUCAUUACGAUUACAAGCUCGAAAACUUGGAUAACGAUUUGUCAAUUCUGAGGCUCGUGGACGAGAUUGAUUUAGACGAUGACGAAACGUGCAUUCUCUGCACUGGUGGGCAAGUUCAACAUGCGGAUGACUUUUUCGUUUUCAGUACACUAUCAAGCGACGGAAGAACAUUUCGGGACGCCGUAAAUUCCACCGCCGCUGUCGUGGAGUCGGACGAGGCUUGCAGAACGGCGGCCCGCUUUGCUGGUGAUUCCGCACCCAAAAAUUCGCUGUGCCUGAGAGUCCAGCGCCCGUGGUGUGGCGGAAAAGGCGCCGUUCUGGUGCGCCGACGUGGCACCAUUGACGGGACAUAUUUCCUCGCUGGUCAUUUGUCUUUCCCGAGCCGGACUUGUUUUGCUUCCGGGGAAGUGAGUGUUUUUGUGGAUGCCAGAGAAACUUGGGCAUAUGAGUUUCUUCGCGCCACCAUGACUGUUUUUGCCGCUGGGCUGAUUGACCCAUCCCCGGAACCCUCUCCUCGUGGUCGUGAUUCAGGGGAUGAUCAAAGCAGGAUAACUGAUGGCUGUCCAGUGCUUGCAGGUCUGAUUCGUGGAAGAUUCACAAUCGUAUCCUGCGAAAAUAACGGCUCGGGAUUUUUCCCAUUGUCGUCGAGGAACAAAACGGAAUGCCUGCAAAACGGCACCCGUUACAAAAUUGGCACGCGAGUGAGUUACGAGUGCGACGAUUUCUACGUUUUGCGCGGCGAUGCUUGGCGCGUUUGCGACAACACUGGAAAUUGGAAUGGGAGAACUCCGUUUUGCGAAUCAGACUGUGGAAAGAGGUAUAUUGCAACUGAACUCGUUCUUGGCGGAAAUGUUUCUCUUGCCGGACAAUGGCCGUGGAUGGCGGCUUUAUUUCAAAUUUCUCUCAACGAAAUCGUUUGCGGUGGGGCACUGAUCAAGGAAAAAUGGGUCCUGACCGCUGCUCAUUGUUUAUACAAUCCAGCGAUAAAAUUUCAAUCACCACCUGAAGACUACUACGUAUACCUUGGGAAACAGGCCAGAUCAAACCUGCUGGAUGACGAGAACGUGCAAAAGCAUGCAGUGAAGAAGUUUAUCUUACAUGAAACUUACUCUUCCACGAACAUGGACUCUGACUUGGCUUUGGUGGAAUUGUCGAUUCCUGCUGAACUGACGCAAAGAGUUCAAAUAGUGUGUCUUCCUGUCAGAUAUGAUCUGUCUGACAGCAGAUUGAGCGAAGGGAACAAUGGCAUUGUUGCUGGCUGGGGUCACAACGAGCUGGAUCAAGGAACUGAUCAGCUUUCUUACGCUUCGCUUCCGUUUGUCCCGGUGAAAAAAUGUAGAGAAGAAACUGUUGGCGGAGUUCUGGAAUCGGAUGGCGUCCGGUUCUUGACCGCCAACAUGUUCUGCGCAGGUUUCGACUCCAAUACUCCCAUAGAAAAAUAUCAGACUGUAUGCAGAGGAGAUUCGGGAGGCCCAAUAGUUUUUCAGGAUGCAAGUACCGCUGCUGACGCUUGGUACGUCGAAGGAGUCGUGAGUUUUUAUUUUGGAGAUAGACCUUGCUCAGGUCGCAGACCAGGAAUGUACUCAGUCUUCACUCGAAUUCAUGGUGCGCUGGCAGCUGAAGAAAUUGCAGAUCGCGGUAAACUCCUCAAGAAACUGCAAGAAAACUUACAGUCCGUCUUUCAAGGGGCCGAUUUGGAUUUUAAAAUAAGAAGACGCGCAAAUUCCGCGUUGCUAGAUCUUCUGUCCACGGAAAACAUAGCAACGGUGCUCAGGAAUGAUCCGGCUGGUCGAAAUUUGGUAGAACGGCUCCACAAGGGCACCGAUCGAAUAAUUGACAGUCUCGGGAUCCCAAGACCGGUGUUAUCCAGAAUCCAGUCUGCAGUUCACAACGUUUUCAGUUCCACGGUCGUCGAUGGAAUUUGCUACAAAUAUUUUAGCGCUAAUCACACGGGUUGCUUGCGUGACGAUGGAACCUGUGUCAAGUUGGCAUCUGGGAUUUCGGAAAGCGAGAAAAAGGAGAUUGUUCAGGAGCACAAUCGCGUCCGACGGAUCGUUGCAAUAGGGGGAUCUUUGGAAGGAUCUGAUGAGCGCGGUCAACCAAAAAAGGGUUUCAUCGCUUAUCAGCCGAAGGCAUCUCGAAUGAGAGAAAUUAGAUGGGACGAUGAGUUAGCUCGACUUGCGCAAAAAUGGGCAGAUCGCUGUCCUGCAGUUUCCGAUUGCGUCGAAUGCCGUCGCGUGGCGCGUUUCAGAGUCGGCCAGAACUUGAUCGUCAUGAAUGGGUCCUCAACCUGGACAUCCGUCAUUGCAAAAUGGGCCUCUCAUCGAUCCAAAUUUGACCACGAUUGGAUUUAUGAGUUGCCUGGGUUUGACAUCGGGCCAGAACUGGCUUCUUACGCGCAGUUGGUUUCGGAGGGAAGUUACCUAAUUGGCUGUGGACAGGCAAGAUUCCAAGCUUCGCCGAAGCACCCACUUUACAGCGUACACGUGUGCAACUAUGGUCCAGGAGGGCUUGAACCUGGGGACGUGGUGUACUUACCCGGGGAACCCUGCAGCCGAUGCCCGCAGGGUCACACCUGUUCAGAGAAUUUCCUGUGUUCGUAUCAGUCAUCCACCGCGUUCAUCCCUCAAAAACUCGACAAGCUCGGGACGUCGUUGUCGACAGCCUCUGUCAAACCGAUCGCGAGCACCUCUGUGAAACCUGCCACGACUAUCAAACGCUGUGCCAAUAAGUGUGUUAGGAUGUCGCUGAUUUCCCUGUGCGACGCAGACGCGAUUAACUUGGGCAUCACGGAUUGUGCUGAUGAAGAAGUUUGCUGCCAAUUGAAGAGAAACCUGGCCCAGGCAUUUAACCCCUUCACUGAUGCUGAACCCGAGGGAACAACAACAACAACAACGACGACGUCGUCGAUGGCCACACCCAUCAGCUGCCCUCACGCGUGUUUUCCGGUUAAAUUUGCCGAGACAUUGUGCAAACCGAGCUCAUUUUUGCCAAAUGCCAUUUGCCCAGACAAGGACCAAGUGUGUUGCAGUAUCGGAAUAAAACCGGAAGCUGUGGAACCCCCACGUCCAGCUCUGUCGCUGACAGCCUUGCUGCGGCUGGUUCUUUACGGGGUCCCUCUUGGUCCAAACGACGCUUUCACUGCUGAAUCUAGUGCCAACUUUUGCUUCGCAACUUCCUGUCGCCUCGACUUCGACGCUGAAGCCUAA